CACCCCGUGGAGAGACUAGCACAUACACGCUCCUAGAGUGAUUAGCCUGGCCAGUUUUCAGAUACAGGAAAAUACUGUUUGAAGAUCAACCAACAUGGCACCUCACGCCCUUUCCCCUGCUGUUCGAUCCGAGACUGGCUCGCCGGCACACACCUCCGCACAAUCCGACAUCACGGUCCUCGCAUCCUCUCGGGCAGUGGUGAAAGGCCGCCUGACUGCAGCAACAAUAGUCAUUUCUACCGUGACCGGCAAGAUUCAGUCAAUCUGGGAAUCAGUCCUGCCUGCCUCGGAGUUCCCUGCUGGCACCCCUUAUGCCGACCACUCACCGCACAUCUUGAUGCCCGGAUUGGUAGAUGCACACGUGCAUUUGAAUGAGCCGGGAAGAACAGAAUGGGAGGGUUUCUGGACGGGUACAAGAGCUGCUGCAUUCGGUGGCGUGACAACAGUGGUCGACAUGCCCCUCAACGCCAUUCCACCCACAACAACAGUUGCAGGAUUCAAGGAGAAGAUUGCGGCUGCACAAGGGAAGUGUUGGGUCGAUGUUGGUUUCUACGGCGGCAUCGUACCUGGCAAUGUCGAGGAACUGAAGCCGCUGGUGAACAUGGGUGUCAGAGGCUUCAAGGGAUUCCUCAUCGACAGUGGUGUCGAUGAAUUCCCGGCUGUGUCUUCUGAAGAUAUCUCAAAGGUCUUUCGCGAACUUGCUGACGAGCCCACGACUGUCAUGUUCCAUGCGGAGAUGAUCCCUCCUGUUACACAGUCUGUCGGCGACGAUGUACAGAUCUCAGAACCUCCGAUAGUUCCCAGCGGCCCUUUGGACGUCUAUCAGACUUUCCUCGACUCGCGUCCAUCAACGUUCGAGACAUACGCCAUCUUGGAGAUUUUGAGCCUGGCACAUCUCGCACCGCAACUUCCGUUGCACGUUGUCCAUCUCUCAGCCAUUGAAGCCAUCCCAAUGCUACGCGAAGCACGCGCAAAGGGCGUCAAAAUCACCGCGGAAACAUGUUUCCACUACCUCUCGCUAGCCGCAGAGGCUAUCAAGAACGGAGACACAAGACACAAGUGCUGCCCACCAAUCCGCAGCCAAAGCAACCAGGACGGACUGUGGGACGAGAUGUGCAGACCCGACGACAGUGUCAUCAAGACCGUCGUCUCUGAUCACUCACCCUGCACACCCAACCUCAAGCUGCUACCCGCAAACGUACCUGGCGCAAUCGAGACAACCAGCAAAGAAGGCGAAGGCGAUUUCUUCUCCGCCUGGGGUGGCAUCAGCAGCGUCGGUCUUGGAAUCAGCGUCCUCUGGACUGAAGCCGCAGCUCGCAACAUCACCAUUGAAGACGUGGUACGCUGGUGCUGUCUCAACACCGCCAAGCAAGUCGGUCUCGAACAUCAGAAAGGAGAUAUCGCCGUCGGUCUGGAUGGUGAUAUUGCAGUCUUUGAUGACGAGGCUGAGUUCAUCGUUCAGCCUAACACCAUGCUGUUCCGUAACAAGUGCAGUCCCUACCAGGACAAAACGCUAAAAGGUGUCGUCAAGGAGACUUGGCUACGUGGUCGUAGAAUCCAUACCCGCGGGCAAGGAUUUGUAGAGAAAACCGGUCCCGCUGGUCAACUCUUGCUUGAACCUAGAACCAAGGCAUAGAUGUAAAAGCAUAUUGAUCUAUUCGUUUUUUUUUUCGGAUGGCAUAGCAUGUAAGGAACACUUUUUAUUCGCAGAAUAUCCACUAUAUAAAACUCGUCCUCCUUACUCUUCAUUGUGUCAAACAACUCUUGGACAUCCUCUUAC